AGUUUAUCUUUAGGACUGGUCAGUUCAAAGGUCCUGAAGGAUUAUCCCUGCCCAGAGGCUCAGAAUCAACAACGUCAUCGCUGACCUCUGGGCUUUCGUCAGUCUUAAUAUCGUUUUUUUGAGAUCGAUCGAUAAUACAAUGUCUACACCCCAACCCCAUCAACAUCAUGCUGCAAUUCAAAAUUCUCCAGAAAUGGGACUCUAUUCACUAGUAAAUGAUCAAAUGGUUGUGUCAGUUCGGCUACAGACAUAAGAACCUAAUAACCUAACAACCAACCCCUAUUGUCGCUUCUCCGGAUUUCGGUAACUGAUGAGUCGUAAUAUGGCUAGCAAUGACUUGGAAACCGGGAAUGUUGAUUUAGACCCGCCUCCAGCGUUGUCCGGUCCGGACGAGCCUCCGGAUUCAUCCGCUUCGUCUGCGACCGCGAGCAAGGAUCAAAGCGAGGAGCUGCCCGGCCUACCGCGACUUAACUAUCAGAUCUUAGAGCACAAGAAGAAGCUCUUCUUAGUUGGAGGGCUUUUAGUCCUUGAAGGAAGCAUCUUGCCGAUUGUUCUGUUCUAUCCGCUAUGGUACUAUACGACGCUGAGACAUGGUAUUCUUUUCGCAAUUAUUACUUCGUUCUUUGGCAUCGUCUCGGGUCUUGAGUUCGCCCAUCGUUCAUGGCGACUGAUCCUAAAAGAUGAUACGUACCGGCCGCUAGAUGGCAAGCGCUGGCGCUUUGACUUCACACACACGACGCUAUCUAUAGGCUAUACGGUUAUGACGGGAAUUCUAAUCGGCGCAUCCAUUCCCCAUGAGCCGUUAGUCCGCCCGUUGGCUAUGCCGUUGCCCUUGUUCUUCAUCGAGGUGGGCUCUCUCGCUCUCGCUACAGGUUGGAUGGAAGUCAUGAAUAUGCCCACCACGUGCAAGGUCAGCUCGACCCCGAAGGGAGCGCCGAUACCACCUGUGCUAUUGACAUUCAUAGAAGAUGUCGUGGCAGUUGAUGGCGGCGCGGGGAAGACGUAUAGAAAAAGAAUACUACAUAGAUAUAAAGUCAGUAAACAUUUCAGAACGUUGAUUAGGGGCCUGAACUGGUUUUGGGGUGUUGGCUCUAUGAUUGUCGGAGUCGGUUCUUUGGUGGUCGUGUGGACUAUUCCCCAAGAAAUAGCAUAUGGCAUAGGUUGGGGAGCACCAUUAGCUUUUACCAUCAUCUGGACGUUCAUCACGAUAAUAUGGACGCGUAGGAGCCUGAGGGUUGAAAAGAAACGUUGGCUAGAUGACUUACGAGGGCGGAGCAAACAGGGGAGUGAAAAGCCGCUGGGUUCAUGAGGCAUAAACACAGAAUGUAUAGAUUGUACUAUUAUGAUACAUGCAUGGAAUCGGGUCACGAACAUAGACAACAUAAAGCAACGAGGAUAUAUCCAUUGAUGAUGAAACAUUUUCAAUACUUAUGACAAAAAACUCAAGGAU